AUAACGACAACAACGGCAUGCUUUAUUACUUUCUAAAGCCAUGAUGAGAGAGACUGUUGUUUCAAUUGAGCUUGAUACCUUUGACGCUCUUCUCUUGAGCAAAAUAUUCUGUGACAGAGAAAACUAAGAGAUGGGUAGGGAAGAGAAGAAAGCUAGUCUUCAACCAUUACUACUUCCAAUAGCUGAAGAAAAUGGUGUAAAGUCGUGUAGAAAGGAAUUCCACAGAGAUGAGAUUGUGGGGGAGGUGAAGAAGCAGCUGUGUUUAGUAGGGCCAUUAGUGUCAGUUAAUCUGCUGGUAAAUAGUUUACAGGUGAUUUCAGUUAUGUAUGUGGGUCAUCUUGGAGAGCUACCACUUUCUGGUGCUUCAAUGGCCACUUCCUUUGCUUCUGUCACUGGUUUCAGCUUGUUGAUUGGAAUGGGAAGCGCAUUAGACACAUUCUGUGGUCAGUCCUAUGGUGCAAAACAGUAUAGAAUGCUUGGUAUACACAUGCAGAGAGCCAUGAUUGUUCUUCUACUGGCCUGCAUUCCCCUUGCACUUAUAUGGGCCAAUACUGGCCGAAUUCUUUUAUUCUUGGGACAAGAUGCAGAAAUUUCAGCUGAAGCUGGACUUUAUGCUCGCUUCCUAAUACCCUGCAUUUUUGGUUAUGCACUCCUUCAAUGUCAUAUCAGAUUCUUACAAGCCCAAAAUAACGUACUUCCAAUGAUGGUUAGCACAGCGAUUACAACGUUAUCACACUUGCUCAUUUGUUGGAUUCUUGUAUUUAAGUCCGGCCUUGGAAAUAAAGGUGCUGCUUUGGCAAAUGGCAUAUCUUAUUGGAUGAAUGCAUUGUUAUUGAUGGCUUAUGUUCGAAUAUCUCCUUCGUGUAAGAGCACAUGGACUGGAUUUUCAAAGGAGGCCUUUCAUGGGAUUACUGAGUUUCUAAAACUAUCAAUUCCCUCAGCUAUAAUGCUCAGCUUGGAAAUCUGGUCUUUUGAAAUGAUGGUUCUUCUAUCUGGUCUUCUCCCUAAUCCAAAGCUUGAAACAUCAGUGCUGUCAAUCAGCCUUAACACAUGUUCAAUGAUUUAUAUGAUACCCCUGGGGCUGAGUAGUACAACAAGCAUAAGAGUUUCAAAUGAGCUGGGUGCUGGGAGACCCCAAGCAGCCCGCCUAGCAGUUCGUGUUGCUCUAUCCUUGGUUGCUACAGAGGGUAUUCUAGUAGGAACAGCCCUGAUAUUGGGUCGUAAUGUUUGGGGUUACUGUUACAGCCAGGUAGAAGAAGUUUUAAGAUAUGUGGGAGAAAUCUUACUCUUGGUUGCAAUAUCCCACUUUUUCGAUGGUCUUCAAUCUGUGCUUUCAGGCGCUGCUAGAGGAUGUGGAUGGCAAAAGAUUGGGGCCUUUGUUAAUCUAGGAGCUUAUUAUCUUGCGGGAAUUCCCGUAGCUAUAUUGUUAGCUUUUGUCUUCCAUAUUGGUGGAAAGGGACUCUGGAUGGGAAUUAUAGUGGCACUGAUCGUGCAAGCAUUAUGCCUUUGGAUAAUUACUCUAUGCACCAACUGGGAGAAUGAAGUGAAGAAAGCUGCUGAGAGAGUAAAAAAUAGUUCUGGAGAUGCAUUACCAUAAACUCUCACCAAAAACAAUAGAAAACGGCUGCAGACACAAAUUAGAAGAUAAUAAAGGAGUUUCAUAUACUGGAAAACUUUCAAAUUCCAGUAUUUGGAAGAACAUUAUGCCAAGUUAGAAACUUCAAGCAAACGUACACAAGACCGAUGUGGCUUUGUUCUGUCCAUUUUUGUAGCUCUAUCUGAAGAAAUUUAUGCCAAUUUAGUGAUAUAGAGUGCCACACUUUAACAAAGCAUAAACCUUAAGUAGUUGAACUACCUCAAAUCUAAAGUACUUGCAAGAAGUAAGAGGAGGAAUUCAUUCACUCCAUUCUUUCUCAUCAACUGUUCCAAGUAGUUUGGUGAACUUUUGUACUGAAAUGGUAUUUUAAAUUGAAACA